ACGUACGUUCGUAGCCAGACUUCCAUUCACCAUUCACCAUACACUUUACGUUCUUUGCGCUUCUCGUUCUGCGUUAGGAUAUCGAUCCUCUUUUAAUUAAAAGCUUCUAAUAUUUCCGGUUUCCUUUUUCGAUUCUUGUUGACGAUUAGUAUCCGUCGCUGCCGCAGUCAUGUCGUGGUCAGGAUUCAAGAAAAAUGUCAACCGCGCUACGACGCAGGUUAUGAUGAAGACGGGUCAUGUCGAGAAAACGAAUGAUCGCGAUUAUGAGAUUGAAGAGAGACGAUAUCGAACGAUGGAGACGGCUGUUAAUCGACUACAAAAGGAAGCGAAGGGAUAUCUUGAUUCAUUACGAGCAAUGACUGCAUCACAAAUGCGAAUUGCAGAAACGAUCGACGCCUUUUACGGAGAUGCCGGAGCCAGAGACGGAGUGAGUCGAAGCUACAAGCAGGCUGUCGAGGAUCUAGAUGCCGAGACCAUUAAAGCGCUGGACGGACCAUAUCGAACAACUGUCUUAGAACCCAUCUCCCGCUUCUGCGCAUACUUUCCCGACAUCAACGAAUGCAUCAAAAAGCGCAACAACAAACUCCUCGACUACGACUCAAUGCGCGCCAAAGUGAAAAAGCUAGUCGAAAAACCGGACAAGGACGCCACAAAGCUUCCUCGCGCCGAGCGAGAAACCGAAAUGGCAAAACAGGCUUAUGAACAAUUGAAUGAACAAUUAUUCACUGAAUUGCCGCAAUUGAUCGAUUUGCGAGUCCCGUAUUUGGAUCCCAGUUUUGAGGCGCUGGUCAAAAUUCAGUUGAGGUUUUGUGCAGAGGCGUAUUCGAGGAUGGCGCAGGUGCAGCAGUAUCUGGAUGCGGAUACGAGGGAUCAGUAUGCGAAUGGGGAUUUGGAUAAUAAGGUUGAGCAGGUGUUGCAGGAAAUUAGGGAUUUGAGUAUUGCAGGGACUGUUUAGUAGUCCAUACGAUAUGAGAAGGGUACGAUUGUAGUAAUUAGGAAUAAAUUGCUAUGAACAUUAUCUAAUAUACAAACUAAAAGUACAUAGCUAUAUGGCAAUUUCAUCAUCAUCCCUCCUAUACAUCUCCUGAACCAACACCUCCACAACCUCUGGCACCGCCUCCCUCAGUGCCUGCAUCUCCUGCACUCCCAUGUUCGACAAGACAUAAUCCGCCACCGCAUUCCGCUCCCGACUCUCAGGCCGUCCAAUCCCAACCCCAAUCCUAAGAAUAGCCAUCGACUUCUUACUAGCAGAAGAAGAAGAAGAGAGAAGACCAGCUCCCCUCAAACUCUCCAUAAUACUGAUCAACCCUUUAUGACCUCUAACACUAGCUUGUUGAGGACCUUCACGACGAAUCUUGAUCUGUCCCGGCCUAGCUUCCAGUUCGUCAUGAAGUAUUACAAGAGUUGGUCGAAACCUCUGCGUUAAACCGCGGGUAUCAAUUGUUAUUGAUUCCGAGGAUGAUUUGAGUAGUCGCAGUUGCAUAUUUUGUUCGGGGCUAUGAGUACUCAAAGAGUCGAAAUAUUUUCUUCUGUCAGCGAGCCAGGUCUUGAAUUGUCGCAGGACGGGCGGACCGGAUACAUUCAUCAACGAUGGGG